CUUCGUCCUUCAUUCCUGUACACACUGGGAAAUGGACUGCGAGCGGUAGACUCAACUCGUAACUAACUUUACUCGGUCAUCCUAAUUUCAAAAUUAUUUCGGUUAUUUCAAAAAUUUCGACUCCCCACCCCCCUGUUUGUAAUUCUGGUUUAUUUUGAGACCUCGUCAAGUAUUAAGUUUGGGUGUCAUGAUGGAGCGGACAGUGACAAGUUGGCAGGAUGCCCGUGAGCUCUUCAAAAAAUGGCGUGACGAGAACGAGCGACGAAGUGAGGAGGUAUUGGAGCUGUGGAUCUCGGCUCUCGGACCCAAUGUGUCAAAGUUAGGGGAUGAAAAAUGGAUGGUGCUCGAGCAAGUGGCCACAGCCGCACUAGACCUUCACAACAUGCCUCUAGCUGACGAUACACUAUUGGAACUUAAGGGCCGAUUCCCAAAGAGUGAACGGGUCAAGUUGCUCCAAGUGUGUCGCCUCCAAGCCCUCAACCGCCACGACGAGGCGCUCAAAGGUUUGGACAAUAUGAUUGCCCGAGAUCCGACCAAUUCUGCAGCGUACAAGCGUAAGAUCUCAAUCCUAAAGGGCCAAGGACGGAUGGUGGAAGCUAUCAAGGAGCUUGCGGAUUACCUCACCAAGUUCAUGAGUGACCAGGAGGGUUGGUCCGAGCUAUGCGACCUCUACUUGGGAGAGGGUGACUACGCUAAAGCCGUCUUCUGUGCCGAGGAACUAAUUCUUCACACGCCGCAUAACUUUUUUGUCCACCAACGCCUUGCCGAUAUUCGGUACACGAUGGGAGGUCUUGACAACCUCAAGCUUGCAGUGGCAUACUACAGCCAGGCCUACACACUCAAUAAUGCCAGUCUUCGUGCACUUUGUGGCCUCUUUCUUGCAUCUUCCAAUCUCUGUUCCAACCCCAGACUUCCAGCAGCUGACAAAAAGGAGUUGACAAAAGUAGUGGGAUGGACUGCGAAGGAGAUAUCAAAAAGAUAUUCUGGAAGUUCACUUUUGGAGGAAGCCAAGCAGGUCGACAUGUUGGAAAAUGUCUUUGGAAAUCUUCAAAUUCAAGCUUAGCUUUCUCGGUGCUCCACUUCCACACUUUCCGACUUUUCUUCCUUCCAAACCAAAUACCAAGUAGAUCGAAACAAGUGAAAAAGUCCGUCGUUCAUCAUUACCCAUAUUUAUGAAGAGAGUAUAACAAUAAAUGAUAAUUAUAAUAGUACCGUUAUAAUUUUAAUCACACUGUUUAUUGUAAUUCCCACUGAUUCCAAAGAUGUGCAGUUUUCUAUACAAAGCGAUGCAUACAAAAUUGCCAAUUGAUUUAUUCGGUUUAUUUAUGUAUGCUAAAUUUAUGUUGCCCAAAUGUCCAUAGCUGUAAAGAGUGAAAACUGUAAAAUAUAUAAUGUAAAGCAAGAAUGCUCCUGGAUAUGCGAAAAUUUUUGUUCAAAUUCAAUGGUUUUUAUUACAAUUUGCAGGAAUAAUAUUGGGUGAAGUUGGGCUCAUAGAGAAAAGUAGUUGGAGUUUUAGUACGUACACGACGACACAGUCACAGUAAUAAAUCUUUGAUAUCUUGA